ACGCGACCAAGCAGAGAGACGAACGCUGAGCGCUAUCCAAAAUCCAAAUACUGCUGAAAGAUGAUUGUGCGACACAAUUUCAUAUUCACCCUGCUGGCUUUGGGUGGCCUGGCGCUGAGCCAAGCCCACUUUCCCCAGUACUGUGCGGAAUGCGAACAGGAGAUUUGGGAGCAGGUGCCAUGUAGUGAGCUUAGCACCACAACACAACGUCCACCGUCCACAACGACAGACUCAUCGCUGCCGAUCACCACCACAACGCCACGCUCGACCACAUCGACGACGACCAGGAGAAGCACAAUGCCACCCACAUUGCCACCGAUCUAUACGACACCACAGACACCGUAUGUCGGCAAUCCCGCGAUAUAUAAGAAGUGCUACUGUGAGUGUAAAUUGGGCUGCAAGGAGUUCUGUCGCAAAGUCUCCGUGGCCAGUCCCAAGCAGCAGAUAACACAGAUCUCCUCCACAGGGGACUAUGCACCCGGUGGCCAGGUCGAGUUUACGCAUUCGCAUCAGCGCAAAUACUAUCCAAAAUAUGCGGCGCCCAACAGGAACUACAAACCGUAUCCACUGGCCUACAAUGAGGCAUCUGCACCAACGUCAACCAAUAUUAAUGCACCCAACUAUACGCUGGAGGAGCUGGCGCAUCUGUUGAGCAACGCCUAUGGCACCAAGAAGGGUUAUCCAGCCAGUUUGCCGCCAACACAGCAAUCGGUUUAUUACUCCCCGCAGGUGCCACUGGUGGCUCGACUGCAGCCGGAGUACAAGCAGAUGAUGAGCAAAGUGGCGGGUGCAGAGCACAAGGAACGGGUGAUAAUCAAGACAGCUUCCGCAGCGAUUUCGACAUCGGGUGGUGGUGUUGCCAUAGCUAAGGCAAAGACGCCAUACAGCGAGGUGGUGGUAACAUCGGCGCCCAUCUAUGAGAGCACCACAUCGUAUCCAGUUGCGCCGCCAGAGCUACCCAAAUCGUAUGCCCAGCCGGAACCUGAGCCGCUGCCACUGCCACCCAUGCCACAAACUGAGGCAUAUCCCACCCAGACCGAGUCGUAUCCCGACAAAUCCUACGAGUCACCCGAAUCGAAUUCGAUUAAACCACAAUCGCCGCCGCCGUCGUCGUCUUCCUCCUUCGAUCUGGCUAUCGAUAAUUAUCUAAAGGAUUUCGGUUAUGGCAACCACGUCAGGGACUUGGAUUACUAAUGUGAUUAUUGCCAUCGAUUGUUAUUAGUUGUUUUUAGGUUUAAUAGCUAUGCCUAGGUAUGUGUACGUGUACUUAUUUAGUCUGGUAAACGCAUUGUUCAUGUAUUUAUUUAUUUAUUCUGAUUGGCUUCUUAUUUUGAAUCAUGUGUUGACUCCUUGAUAAUAUACAAACGAUCAAUGAUCAUACUGAA